AAUGCGACGGCAACUGAAGCCAUGCUACCACCGUCUCGCUGUGUGAAACAUUACACGGGCAGAAGUGUUUACGAGUUCAAAAAGAAUCUCAUCGCCAAGAGGCAGACAAGAGGGAAAAAUCUGCCAUUUACUGUAACAUUUUAAUGGCUGUGAAGGAGGAGACGUGUGAGGCUGACAUGAAUAUCAUGGAGGAGAGGACUGUAAAUGUUAAGGAGGAGGACUGUGAGUGGGAGAGUGUCCACCCUAAACAGGAGAGUCUGGACAUCAAGAAAGAGGACAGUGAGCUCUGGUCAGUGAGUAUUAAAGAGGAGUGUAUCAGCACUGAGGUGGCCAGCUUUAGGAGUAUGGAGAGUGUCAAGGAAGAUGACCUUCAUUAUGAACAUCAAGAUGAAGCAGUGACCGGGUUAGUCUCUUCUCAUAGCAGACACUCUUCAUCUCCGGAGUCUUCUAUCAGUGUAAAAUAUGAAUCAUUGCAGUCUGAGACAAAAGCGACUGAAGGAAUUUCAUCUCCUAGAACUGAGGAAGGUCAGACACCACCUAAGAUGUCAUCUGAAUCAAGUAUCAAACUUCACUGCUGUCCUGAAUGUGGCAAAGAGUUUUCACAAAGACACAGCCUCUUGACUCACCAAAGAAUUCACACAGGGCAGAAGCCGUAUUGUUGUUCUGAAUGUGGCAAACAGUUUUCACAAAGAGGCCAACUUCAGUACCACAAAAGAAUUCACACAGCGGAGAAGCCAUAUUGCUGCUCUGAGUGUGGCAAAGACUUUUCACUAAGGCACAGCCUUUUGACUCACAAAAGAAUUCACACAGGCGAGAAGCCAUAUUGCUGUUCUGAAUGUGGCAAACAGUUUACACAAAGAAACCAACUUCAGUGCCAUAAAAGAAUUCACACAGGGGAGAAGCCAUAUUGUUGCUCUGAUUGUGGCAAACAGUUUUCACUAAGGCACAACCUUUUGACUCACAAAAGAAUUCACACCGGAGAGAAGCCAUAUUGCUGUUCUGACUGUGGCAAACAGUUUUCACGGAGAAGCUAUCUUCAGAGCCACCGAAGAAUUCACACAGGGGAGAAGUCAAAUGACUGUUUUGAAAGUGGUAAACAGUUUCCAGAAAGAAGCCAACUUCAGUGCAACAAAAUAAUUCACACCGGAGAGAAGCCGUAUUGCUGUUCUGAAUGUGGCAAGCAAUUUUCACGAAGAAGCAACCUUUCGAUUCAUAAAAGAGUUCACACAGGAGAAAAGCCAUAUUGCUGCCCUGAAUGUGGGAAACGAUUCUCUCACCGCAGUACUCUUCAUACACACAUUAAAACUCACACAGGAGAGAAGCCGUUUUGCUGUUUUGAAUGUGGCCGUACGUUUGCACGGAGAAGCAGUCUUCAGAAUCACCAAAGAAAUCACAUAAUGGAGAAGCCGUGUUGCUGAAUGUGGCAAACAGUUUUCACAAAGAAACCAACUUUAGUGCCACAAAGGAAUUCACACUGGCUGAUAUAAAUGUGGCAAACACUUUUCAAAAAGACAUACUUUUCAGAUCCACCAAAGAAUUCACACAGAAGAAGCCAUAUUGCAGUUCUGAAUGUGGCAAACCAGUUUUAUGUAGAUACCAUCUUGAACGCCACAAGAGAGAAAUGUGUUUGGAUUAGACAAACACACCAAAGUAGUAUUCAUUAAUGGAAAAUUGAAAUCAGCCUUGUUGACGAUUACCCAAUAAGAGAACUUGAUGAAGAGGAGACCUAAUUAAUAGUUAGGAAUUGGUGAGGGUGGAGACAUAAACCACAAAGAGCAGAGAUUGAAGAUCAGCAGUGAAUACAUAAAAAGGGUAAAAUUAUCCUCAAACCUUCCUUGAUGGUGAGGAACAAGAUACAAACAGUUAAUAAGAUAGUCAAACACGUUAUCUCAUACAGCUUUUGGAUCAUAGACUGGCCACAGAAAGACCUCAACAGUCUGGAUGUAGAAACAAGUUGCUUCAUGCCAACCAACCAAUGUACAAAAAACCAAUGCAUGCCAAGGCUGUAUGUUCCUAGGGCUGAAGGAGCAGUAACUCUGACAGAAGUAGAUUACACACGUGAUCUUCAAACAUAGGACUGCCAGCAUUCCUUCUCGGUUCACAGGAUUGCCACAUUUGCAACAUACUACAGCCUGAACUGUAAAGCAAUCCACAAAACUGAGGGUUUGCAAAGAAAGAGGUGACACAAUUUUGUGAAAAAUCAUAAAAAGAUAAGAAGGUAGACACAGAAAGGAGAAAAAACUGGAGUGGCCACAAAUGCAGUAGGAAAUACACAGAACUCCUACUAUAAGUGAAUGUGGACCAAAACCUGACACAUGAAAGGCUCAGGAGAGGAGAAAUGAGAUGCUUGCAAAUGGCUACUUAGGAUUGUGGAUUACCCACAAGGUUGUUUGCAGCAUAUUUUGAGAGAAAUGGAAAAAGGAACCAAUGUAGGUUUUGCAACAAACCGGUGGAAACCGUACUGAACCUUACUAUAGGAUUUAAAAUACAACUGUCCAAAAACCUAUUCAUGGAAAGACACAACAAAGUAGUCCAACUGAUUUAUUGGAAACUGUGCAGACAAUGUGACAUCCCAGUUCCAGAAAGGAUUAUUGAUCAUACAUCACCUGGGGUAUACCAGUCCUAAUAUGUAGAAGAUUCACAGCCAGUAAAACUGAUAUUGGAGAAACAUUCAGCUAAUGCCUGGAUAAUCAAGGUAUCGGUCCCAAAUAAAAUCACUGUGGCUUGAAUUGAGAGUGGAAAAACAUCAAAAUAUCACAAGAUGCAAUCAGAAAUGUGGAUCUAAAUGUGAAAUAAAAAAAAUGAUUGUGAAUAUGGGAAACAAUUCUGUCACAAUAGUAGUCUUCAGAGCCCCUCAUAAGCAUUCAGGAAAGGAGAAUGCAAUCUGAGAUGAGCCAGAUGUGAAAUAAAACCUCUGAGAUUGUGCCAAUGCUGGGAUGAACAGGACUUAUCCAAAAAAAAAAAAAAAU